UUUCGAAAAGAGGUUAAUUCCCGUUUCGCCUUCCUCCGCGUGAGGGCGAAGCUCUCCUUUCCGGAGAGAGGAAGGGAGUGGAGAUUAUUAUUAUUUAAUUAAAUUAAAAUUGAUUGUGCGAAAAAAAAAUUCCUCAAAAAAGAGAAAAAAGGAAAAAGAAGCACGCGCGAUCUCUCCCUAUCGAAAACAUUCCACCUCCCCCCAAUUUCUAGGGUUCCGAAUUCCCCGAAUGCGUGCGAUUCCCCCAUAGAUUCGUGUCCUCGAGCGCGAUUCGGCGAAUCGGGGAUGCGGAAUCGGCUCCAGAUUCGGGAAUUUUAGGGGAGGUGUUUCUCGUUGGGAUCGAAGGGGAUCAUGCGAUCGAUCCUCGCAGCUUCUUCUUCGAAGAAGGACAACAAUGGCGGCGGCCGCGGCGGCGGCGGAGGAGGAGGAGGAAGCAGCAGCACGACGCAUCUCUAUUUGAACGUGUACGAUCUCUCGCCGCUCAACAAUUACCUCUUCUGGUUCGGGCUCGGAAUCUUCCAUUCCGGAAUCGAAGUACAUGGCAUGGAAUAUGGAUUUGGGGCCCACGAGUACCCCACAAGUGGUGUGUUUGAGGUUGAACCAAGAAGCUGUCCUGGUUUUGUAUUUAGAUGCUCCGUGUGGCUCGGCACAACCAAUAUGCCCCUAUCAGAGUUCCGCGUGUUUAUCCAAGACCUUGCAAGAAAAUAUCAUGGUGACACAUAUCAUUUGCUCGCCAAAAACUGCAACCAUUUCACUGAUGAUGUCUGUAUGCAUUUGACUGGAAAACCUGUUCCUGGAUGGGUGAAUAGGCUCGCCAGAUUAGUUGCAGGUUCCUUGUGCAACUGUUUUCUACCAGAAAACAUUAAGGUCACGGCAGUCGGACAUUUACCAACUCAUCCUGAGUUCUCUGACGACGGCUCGGAGUCAAUUGCUUCAUCAGCCUUGGAGGAGAUCUUCGAGGAAGAGCUAGAUCACCACCUGCUAACAACGCCAAUCAGCGACAUUUCUCAUUCAAGGGACAAACAAUUGAGGCUCGCAAAAGAAGCCCUGUGAAUCUCUGUGUUUUGUGACCGUUAUACAUUCUUUUGUUUCCGCCAAUGAUACACGUCUCCAUUACGGUGUCCACGUCUCGUUAUCAGUAUUGACCAGUCUUGUGCUCUUCUUUGUCCGUGGCUUAAUGUUUCUGUUUUUUCUAUCACGUCAUGCUCUUUUUUCUUCUUUUUUUUUUCCAGCAUAGUGGAUGCAGUAAUGCACUCCCUGAUUUCCUUGCUGGCUUGAAUCUUAAAACUGGCCUAGGUUUCUUUCUAUGCACCAGUUUUUUUCCUGUAUUUGCUACUUGAGUCAUCAUUUAUCACAAAUUCUGCCUAGCUUUCUCA